UGCGAUUGAUGAGGGCAUAAAGGCCCGUCGCCCCAGCUUCCUCAAUCGCUCCAACCGAUUACUCCGCAAACCCUAGAAAGGAAUUUGAUCGAACGAGACCAGGACCACCUACGAUUUUCCCAUGCUUCUGCCCUCGGAUUUCGCAGGGUGAUUUCGCAAGAACUGAUUGAUAGGCCAGGAUUGUUAUCGGUAGUUGGCUCGCCAUGAGCCGGAGGGUGCGGCGGCGAGGUUCCUACUCCAAGGACAAGGAGAGGGCCGACGUCUCGGCACCCUUCGCUGAGUCCUCUGAUCACUGCGAGAUCCCCCGCCCCUGGGCUCCAAGAGGCUGUGCCGACGAUGCCGCCGUGGACUGGACAGCCCUGCCUGACGACACGGUGGUACAGCUCUUUUCUCGACUCAAUUACCGCGACCGCGCGAGUCUCGGCUCCACUUGCCGCGGUUGGCGCCUCCUUGGUUCCUCCCCGUGCCUCUGGACGUCUCUUGACCUCCGCGCCCACCGCUGCGAACCCGACACUAUGGGCGCCAUCGCGGGGCGAUGCGUCCACCUUCGCCGACUCCGCUUCCAUGGAUCCAAGACCGCUUCCGCCCUCAUCAACUUACAGGCGCGCGGCCUUCAGGAAAUUGCUGGGGAUUACUGCGGUGAGAUAACGGAUGCCACCCUUUCUGUGAUCGCCGCGCGCCACGAAGCCCUCGAGAGCCUCCAGAUCGGUCCAGAUCCCUGCGUGCGAGUAACCAGUGAUGCAGUUCGCCAUGUCGCCAUGUGCUGCACUAGACUGAAGCGGUUGCGUCUCUCUGGCAUCCGGGAUGUUAAUGGAGAAGCCAUCAAUGCCCUAGUGAGACACUGCCCGCAAUUGUCAGAGAUUGCAUUUUUGGAUUGCGGAAAGGUUGAUGAGGCUGCCCUAGAGAAUGUGGUAUCACUGAGGUUUCUCUCGAUAGCUGGCUCAAGGAAUAUACAGUGGGCUACAGCUGCCUCAUCUUGGGGUAACCUUCCGAACCUGGUCGGUUUGGAUGUUUCAAGAACUGAUGUUUCUGCUAAUGCUGUCUCAAGACUUCUCUCCACAUCAAAGAAUCUCAAGGUACUCUGUGCUCUCAACUGUUCCGCAGUUGAUGAGGAAGGGAGCCGCAAUCCCAGCACGUUCAUCAACACUAAGGGGAAGAUUCUACUUACCCAGUUUACUGAUGUUUUAAGGGGAAUUAUUUCUCUGUUUAAGGGAUCAGUUCUGAAUGAACAAACUAUAUUUGUGCAAUGGAUAAAUUUUCAGAAUGAGGAUAAGAAUCUGAAUGACAUCAUGAUCUGGCUAGAGUGGAUCCUCUCACACUCUCUUCUUCGAAUAGCAGAGAGUAAUCCACACGGGAUGGAUGAUUUUUGGUUGAGACAAGGGGCUUCGAUGUUGCUAAGAUUAGCAAAAAGCUCACAGGAGGAUGUGCAGGAGAGAGCAGCAACAGGUCUGGCCACAUUUGUAGUGACAGAGGAUGAGAAUACUGCAGUGGAACCUGCAAGAGCAGAAGCAGUGAUGCAAAACGGUGGAAUACCUUUGCUUUUGGAACUUGCUCGAUCUUGUUGGGAGGGUGUACAGUCUGAAUCUGCAAAGGCUAUUGCAAACUUGUCAGUGAAUUCUAAAGUUGCAAAAGCAGUUGCUGAUGAAGGGGGAAUUGGUAUCUUAGCCAACCUUGCAAAAUCUUCAAACAGAUUGGUCGCAGAAGAAGCCGCUGGGGGGCUCUGGAACCUUUCUGUUGGAGAGGAGCAUAAGGCAGCUAUUGCUGAAGCUGGAGGAGUUAAAGCCCUGGUGGAUCUUAUAUUUAAGUGGCAAUCUGGAGCAGAUGGAGUUCUGGAACGAGCUGCAGGUGCACUUGCGAAUCUGGCUGCCGAUGACAAGUGCAGCGUGGAGAUUGCGGUUGCUGGUGGUGUUUGUGCACUGGUGACACUUGCAAAAUCAUGCAAAGUUGAGGGAGUCCAAGAACAGGCUGCACGAGCUUUGGCUAAUUUGGCAGCCCAUGGCGACAGCAACAGCAACAAUGCCACUGUUGGCCAAGAGGCAGGUGCACUUGAGGCGCUAGUGCAAUUAACUUAUUCUCAAAACGAAGGUGUAAGGCAAGAAGCUGCUGGUGCUUUAUGGAAUUUAUCUUUCGAUGAUAGAAAUCGUGAAGCCAUUGCUUUAGUUGGUGGAGUUGAAGCGUUGGUAGCUCUUGCACAUUCUUGUUCAAAUGCUUCCCAAGGUCUUCAGGAAAGGGCUGCUGGGGCUUUGUGGGGUUUAUCAGUUUCAGAGGCUAAUAGCAUUGCGAUUGGAAGGGAAGGAGGUGUAGCACCUUUAAUUGCAUUGGCACGUUCUGAUACUGAAGAUGUUCAUGAGACUGCUGCCGGGGCACUUUGGAAUCUUGCUUUUAAUUCUAGUAACGCUCUACGGAUAAUUGAAGAAGGGGGAGUCCCAGUUCUAGUACAACUAUGUUCAUCAUCUGUAUCAAAAAUGGCUCGUUUCAUGGCUGCACUGGCACUUGCUUACAUGUUUGAUGGGAGUUUGAAUUGGUUUCACAGAAUGGAUGAAGUGGCACUUGUGGGUUCUUUACUAGAAGGUUCUUCAAAGAGUGUUAACUUCGAUGGUGCUAGAAGGAUGGCUCUGAAGCAGAUAGAAGAUUUCUUGCUGUCAUUUUCAGAUCCACACAUUUUCUCAGUGACUGCUACAUCAUCAGCUCCUGCAACGUUGGCACAGGUAGUAGAAGCAGUUCAAAUACAAGAAGCAGGGCACUUGAGAUGCAGUGCUGCUGAAAUCGGGAGAUAUGUUGCAAUGCUUCGAAAUCCUUCAUCUAUUCUUCGAGCCUGUGCUGCUUUUGCUCUUGUUCAGUUCACUAUUCACGGAGGUCGGCAUGCAAUGCACCACGCAGGCUUAUUGCAGAAAGCUGGAGCAUCGCGUGUCCUUCGUGCUUCUGCCGCAGCAGCCACUGCCCCGAUUGAAGCUAAAAUGUACGCAAGGAUAGUUCUAAGGAAUCUAGAACACCAUCAGUCAGCAGCUUCGACAUAAUUUGGAAGACACUUCUGAUAUAGUCGGGUACAUUAUCAUGGAUUUUCCUAAGUUCUGCUAUUGCAGAUUCUGACGUUGCCAAUGAACCUUCCCGUGCUCGACGCACUUCAUUCACUGGUUCAUAUACUUAAUAAGACCCAAUUGUUCAAUGAAAAAAAAAGAAACCAAUUGGGGUUCAUGUCAAUGUGGUGUUGGUAAGCUUUGAGUUUGCAUGUCAUGGUUUGGCGCCUUUUAUUAUUUUUAUAUAUUUUUUUUGACGUGUGCGAGAAGGUGCAAGUAGCUGAAGAAACCAGUAUAUGUAAGUUUUCGACUUUUCAGUAGUGGUUAUGUUUGUAUUUGUAUGAUUAUAAUAGAACAAAUGGGACAGAAGUAGGCAUAUUUUGCUUCCCAAUCAA